AAUCCUGUGAGUGGGAACAUUAGAAUACAGUUGUUUUCUUGUUUAUGUAAUCUUCAAGUCAUACAUUUUUUCUGUAAAAAAAAUUUGAAGUAAAAAUGUUAAAGCAACAGAUAUUCAAAAGAUGUCUUGUACCCACCGUUCUGGCAGCAGUAGCCACAGAUACAAAAGAGAAAGCUGGAUCCCACAAUAAAAAUGAAUCAAAUCUGUGUAGGCCAAGUGAACUACCAUUAUACACUCCAGAUCCUAUCCAUAAUGUUAAACAAAUUGAUAAUAGUGAGACCAAUCAACUUGAAGAAGCAAUAAGGGCUACUAGGUUGAAAUUAGUUGAGAUUAACAAAGAAGUUGAAGCUUAUAAGAGGGUAGGAGUUGAACAGUUUGAGAAAGGAAAAGAUGAGUUAGAUUGGGUUGUAAAUUACUUAAGACAAGAAGACAACACACUGCCAAAAAUAGGUGCCAUAGGAAUUGGUGGUUUAACGGGCCUCAUAUUUGGUCUCAGGGGUGGUUUUAUCAAGAAAACUGUUUAUGCUGCUGUAGGUGCUCUAGGUAUAUCAGCUGUGUGUUAUCCCAAAGAAGCAUCCGAGUAUUCCCAAAUCGCACUAACUGAAGGCAAAAAAUAUGCAGUAGUAGCGUAUAACUUCGUUCAUGGAGUGAAGAAAGAUGAUCCGCCAUUAGAACUUCCUUCUCUGCCUAAACUGCCAACUAGCUUAGACGAGGCCUGGGAAUCCGUGAAAUCCUUAGUGUCAUCUGAAAAAGAACCAGAAAAAAGUAAAGAUCAGCAAUAAAAGGUAGCCGUCUUGACGUAAUGUGGUGAAUUAUUAUAUACCAGCCACUGAAGUAAUGCAACUGUACAUAUUUUUAAUAAAAAUUAUACC